AUGGACGACACAAAUCCUACAAACCGCUUUGAUAGCUUUCAUGUGUAUCGCACUUCGUAUAAAAAUAUUGGUCCACACGCCAUUGACGUUGGUAUCUUGGUCCCCAAAGAUCUGAAGCCUGGCAGCCAUCCCUUACUCGUCAAGUUCCAUGGUGGUGGUCUAGUCACCGGCGACUGUCUCUACCCUGACUGGAUCGGUGCAUUCUUUGUUCCUUUCAUCCACCGCACAAAUUGCAUCACCGUGUUGCCAAACUACCGGCUUAUUCCCGAGCAUACGGGUGCCGACAUCCUUUCUGACCUUGACAACUUCUGGGCAUGGUUCCACUCUGACGCAUUCCCCUUGUUUCUCAAGUCCCAGGGCAUAACUGCCGAGCUCGACUACAACCAUGUACUGGUGUCUGGAGACUCUGCGGGCGGUUACAUGACGCUGAUGAGCGGCUUGACCCAGCCAAAAGGUAGUAUCAAAGCAUUGUUGGCGCAAUACCCAAUGACAGACUCCUUGAGACGCAAGCCCAUGGACGAACUUUACGGUCAGCCAUCUCCACCACCCACCCUUGUGGAUGAACACAUAUCUAGCAUCACGCCAGAUGUAGUGCUCUCAUCAGCAACCCCACCCGCGCGUAUGAACAUCUCGUACGCUCUCUCUGUAUACGGUCGGUACCUGGAGUUCUUCGGCAAUGAAAAGGACAUGUGGCCACUUUACCUGAUAGAGAAGAAGGAUUACCUUCCACCAACCUGGAUCGUUCACGGCGAUGCUGAUACAGCCGUGAGCAUCGAAGAUAGCAAAGCGUUUGUAGAGAAAGCGAGGAGGCUAGACAGAGUAGAGGUGCAGCUUGUAGUGAGACCUGGCCAGGAGCAUGGCUUUGAUAUUUCAGUGAAGGAGAAUAAGGAGGCGUGGUUGAAGCAGGGUCUGCAGUGGGUGGAAAAAAAGUGGCUCAGCUAA